AUGCCAGUUCAAGUGGCAGUACUGAAGCUAACACAUUGCAACUUAACCAAGAACAAGAAGCCAUUCCCGCGAUGUUGUUCCGGAUCAACGAUAUUAUCUGUUCCCACAAAUGCAAAUCCAAAUUGCGAUCAGAAGAUCACAGUCGCGAGCAGAAACCGUGGUAAAAGAUUCAAGAAAUGGUAUUGCCUACCUAUUUCUUUUCAACAUGGCUACGCAUCAGCAAAUCCCGAGAGUGGUGAUGAAUUUCUGACUCGCUUUCAAGCUGGCCUUAGUAAACAAUGGGAUGCCUUUCGUCGAUUUAGUCGUCCUCACACUGUAAUUGGCACUGUUAUAGGAAUAUCGUCGGUCUCUCUUCUUCCAUUAGAAAAUGUUACUGACCUGUCCACUGCAUUUUUUGUAGGACUGUUGAAGGCAUUGGUGCCCUCAAUACUAAUGAACAUUUAUGUGGUGGGAUUGAAUCAAUUGUACGAUGUCGAAAUAGACAAGGUUAACAAACCCGAGCUCCCGCUUGCUUCGGGUGAAUUCUCCAUGGGAACUGGGAUCACAAUUGUUUCCACAGUUCUGCUGAUGAGUUUUGCAAUGGGAUUUAUGUUCAAGUCUCCGCCGCUGUUUUCUGCGCUUGUGAUUAGUUUCCUGCUCGGAACUGCUUAUUCCGUUGAGCUUCCCUUGCUUAGGUGGAAGAGGCAUGCAUUUCUUGCAGCUACUUGCAUCCUAAUCGUGAGGGCUAUCGUUGUCCAGCUUGCUUUCUACGUGCACAUCCAGAAAUUUGUCCUCGGUAGACCAGUUAUGCUUACAAGAUCACUGGCGUUUGCGGUGUUUUUCAUGUGCAUCUUCUCCUCCGUCAUUGCUCUAUUCAAGGAUAUACCAGAUGUGGAUGGUGAUAGAGAUUUUGGCAUUCAAUCAUUCAGUGUUAGCCUUGGGCAAGAGAAGGUAUAUUGGGUAUGCGUAAAUAUGCUGUUAAUGGCAUACGGAGCUGCCUUGGCCAUAGGAGCUUCUUCCUCAUUCCUGCCAUGCAAGCUUUUCACUAUAAUAGGGCACGGUGCACUCGCGUCCCUUCUGUGGAUUCGAGCUCGGUCCGUCGACAUAGCCAAUAAAGCGUCACUCACUUCGUUUUACAUGUUCAUCUGGAAGCUGUUUUAUGCCGAGUACUUCCUCAUUCCCUUCGUACGCUGA